ACCUUUCCACAUCCCUAGGUGCAUCUUUCCAUCAUCCAUUUCUUGGACCCAUACGUUCCACUUCUAAGUUAUUUAAAGGUACAGUCACUCCCACUUCUAAGAAACCGCACGAAGGAAGGGUUACGAUUAUUCACGAACGGAACCCUGAACCCCACGGAGUAGGAGAAAGCAGAGUAGGCGGAGAGACUGUUUACCAAAUGGGGGAGACCGGCGAACGCACCGAUCGGACGGUUAUCUGCAUAGGAGACAUCCAUGGCUACUUUUCCAAGCUUCAGCUCCUCUGGUCCAACCUCGAGGCCGCCGUCGGCGCCGCCGCCUUCGAGGCGGCGCUCGUCAUCUUUCUCGGCGACUACUGUGACCGCGGCCCGGACACCCACCAGGUGCUCGACUUCCUCCUCUCCCUCCCCUCCCGCUACCCGCGCCAGCGCUACGUCUUCCUCUGCGGCAACCACGACCUCGCCUUCGCCGCCUUCGUGGGCGCCCUUCCCCCGCCGCCGGACGGCUCGCCGUUUUCCGCCACGUGGGCGGAGUACCAGCAGAGCGAGGAGCGGGAGGGGUGGUUCAAAGGGGAGGGCUACGAGGCGAUGCACGUGCAGGGGAGGCGGUGGGGUGGGAACAUGGGGGGCCACUGGAACCCUAAGAAGGGCAUGCCCUACAAGGGAUCUAUCUAUGAUGCCGGCCCGACCUUCGAAUCCUAUGGCGUCCCCCAUGGAUUGGCGGAUUUGGUUAAAGCAGUCCCUGAUAAUCACAAGAAGUUUCUUGCUGACUUGGUUUGGGUUCAUGAGGAGGACAAUGUUUUAAUUGACACUUCUGAGGGAAGGAUCUGCUGCAAACUAAUAGCUGUUCACGCUGGCUUGGAGAUAUCCAAAGGCGUCGAUGAGCAGCUAAAACUUCUAAGAGCCAGGGACACAAGCCUGCCGAAGGUGGAAGAUCUUAGUGGGAGGCAUAAUGUUUGGGAAAUACCAAAGGAGCUGUCUGAAAAGCCAACCAUAGUGGUGAGCGGUCACCAUGGGAAACUACAUGUUGAAGGCCUUCGGUUCAUUAUUGAUGAAUGUGGCGGCUUAGAAGACCUACCAAUUGCUGCUAUAAUAUUUCCUUCCAAGAUGAUAGUCCGUGAUACAGAUAAAUUUGCAGCGCAGAACUAAGUUUAUCACAAGCAGGUUUUCAGAUUCAAUAUGUACCCAUAGCUAUACGUGUUACUCAAGGACAAGUGUAUAACUUGCAUGUGCCGUGCACCAAAAUUAAAACAAGUGGGCAGCUGUGUUAUUGUGGGAUUGAAUAUGAGGUCUUUAAGUAACACUUAAAAAUCUCACAUAUGAUCUUUCAACAAGCCUGCUUCAUAAGCUUCGUCGGAAGCAAUCUAGCUUCCUUGUAUUCAGUGAGGGUUAAUGAUAGUGUUUCAGUAAAAUAGGCUUCAAGCAUCAUAAAGGCCUUGGCAGUGUUCUUUCAACUACGUGUAUAAUUGCAUAUUUGCAUAACCCUCCUUUUUAUUUAUAUUUAUAUAAUUUUCAUA